AGCAGUAGCAGAUAGAUAGAUACACUGCAUCCACAGUCCAAUCAAUCAAUCACAUCACCAGUCAGUCCACCGCCCACCCACACACACGUGCAUGAGCAUGAGCAUCAGCAUGACCACACCCUCCCCGCCAACCUGCGCGCCCCGCCUGCUAUUCCUCUCGCUCGUCGUGGAGGGAAAAAGGUCCUCCACACACCACCACACCCAACACCAACACAACCAACCAAUAUGAUGAGAUCAUGUGGGAUUUAAAGCAACCGAUGGCCACGCAGACAGACGCACCCAAGUGGCUGACCGACACGCACAUGCAUGUGGGUGAUCCCAGUGAUUAGAAAACAGCGCUAGACCGACAUUCAUUGAGACGUAUACGGGCACUCCUGCACCCCCGGGGCGGGUGCGACCGACGUGUGCUGGUCGAUCGCCCCGUUCCUUUUUUGGCCCGUUCCUCCCUGCCAUCAGCUUUGAAAGGCUGACGCCCCCAGCAUAGCAUCCACCCAGAGAGAUAUACUCUACAACACACCAAACCACACCGUUCCCACAGUCCCACCCCCCGCACACACACACACACACAGAUGCGACCACAAAGACACACGCACACGCCCCCCAUCGCCCGAUGGAUUCAUUCAAUCGCUGACUGACUGACUGAUGCUGUCACGUAAGUACGACGCUGCACUUUCUCUGAGAUGUGGCGAUCGACAUGGGAUGGGUAAAAGGGUAAGUGUUGUGUUAGAUAGUAUACACAGGGGUGACAGCCAUGCAUUCACUCAGCACAGUGGCCUGGCAGGGGGAAGCGCCGCAACCAACACACACACACACACACAGAUCUCCUGCAUGUGUGUGUGUGUGUGUGUGUGUGUAUGCGUUGCGCGCCUGCCCCAGGCCUACACACACCUACACACAGACACUCAGGAGGUAUAAAACGGUUCAUUCGUCGACGCACUCUGGACAUAUACAAUCAAUCGGCCAGCAGGUGAGUGGCCAUCUGGCUGGCUGUGUGGCUGUCUGUCUGAAAUGCCUUCAUCCAUUCGAGCAGGAAGAACGGACGAAAAAUGCUCGAGAGAGGUGCAGACGAGACGAGCGGGGGAGGGAAAAGACGAUCGCUCGCUCGCUGGCCACUAGGAGAAAUAUGCGAUGCGCAUGCGGGACUAACCGGGGGGCCCAAACUCCCUGUCCCGUGUCUGUCUGUCUGUCUGUCUGCCCUCGUGUGUUGUGGUGCCGGCAACGUGACGCCCUCGUGGCGCACUGUGACAUCCCAGCCUUUCCUUCUACUGGAGGAUCGCCGUGCGGUGACAACGUCACAUCGCCAGCAUCAUCCAAAGUGAGGGCAAACGAGGCGAGGGAAGGCAGGCCAACCACAGUCACUCAAUCCUCCAACUAGCAGGCUUGGUGCGCAGUCAUAGUAGGUAGGAUCACUCAACCAGCCAACCACCGAGCGCAUCGAACAAGGAAGAGAGGGCGGGAAGAAAAGCUCAGCUCCCCUGCAAUGCAAUGAAGGCGAAAACGCACCAUGAGGCCAGGCCUCAUACACUCAGACACGCCACUGGACGGACUGACCAAUUCGUGCUCUGCUCUGCUCGUGCUCUGCUCACAGGUGCAUGGGAUGCUAUCAAUCAGUCAAUGAGAGAGGAAAGAAAACAUUGGCAAUCAGUCGGUCGGUCGAUGGUAUCUAUCUUUCUAUCUAGCAGACAGAUAUACAGACAGCGAUGUACGCACAUUAGUUAAUGCAUAUGGAUGGCAUGAGUGAAUGAAUGAUUAUGGUGAGUACUGAUGUUUAUAUAUAUAGAUCCACCCACCCACACCCACACCCACCCACCCCGUAGCCAGACCCACACUAAGCAAAUUCUCCCUUGCUUGCCCCUCCGACCUCCUCCCCUCCCCGACAGGCAAGAGAGAAGCUCUAGGCGAUCUAGCGACCUAGAGUCCCUUGUAAGCCCAGUCCAGGUCUCCCUGCUCCAUGCCCAGCCGCGAGUGCACCCCCAGACCCAGCGACUCGCCAGUGGCUAUCAGACGCCCAGGUUGGGGCGUGCGGUAACGACGCGCUGACACCGAACGAAACAACUCCUGGACAAAGACACAGAGAGGAGGGAGGGGCAAUGAAAAUGGGGAAUGCUUGAUCCAUAGGGUGGUGCACCGCCCCCGUGGCACUGACUGACCUGUUCGACCCAGACGGCGAGUAGUCUUGGGUGUGAGAUGGGGAAGUGAUGCGGGCCGUCGGGGAAGCCCCGCAGCUCGAUGUUGGAGAAACGGUCCGCCACAGACCUAUUCAUUCAUGUGCCGCACACGGGGAGUGUGGUGUGGUGUGGUUGUCUUGUGUUGCCUUGUGCGUCAGGUGUGUGUUCGUUGGUUCGUUCUUACUGGCUGAAGCUGUAGGGGACGAUGAGGUCAGCGGUGCCGUGCAUGUUGACGACCUUGACGCGCUUGCGCUUCAGCAUCUUCAGGGUCGGCUCCAUCGUCCUUGCCUGAUCAACUGACGAGCAAAGAAGCGAACAGCGGAGAGCGUCAUACAGACUGGGUGUGCAAGUGGGCGGGGGGCGGGUGGGGGAUGGGUGUUGGCCGCUCAGUCACCUAGUGACUGCACGACGCCGAGGAAGGCGUCAUGUUCGGUCUUGAUGAAGUCAAACAGACUCUCCUUGGGCACCUCACUCGUCGGCACAACCUGACCGACCGCAGAGGAUACGAUACACAUACAAUUCCUUCCGACCGACCGACGUGCGCGCUAUGUGUGCUAAUUAAUGGGUGUGGCCGACACGGCUUACUUUACCUGCAAGAUGAGCUUCUGCACCCACGGCACGGCCGACAGCUGGUUCACCGUCCGAAUGAACACACGAAACAAUGAUGGCGCAUACAACGUCUGAAACACAGACACCAUCCACACACACACAAGGAUAAGGGUGGCAGCUCAUCCCCCCUCCCCUCCCCCACACACACCUGGUCGCAGGGGAAUCCGAGUUUGGCAAUGUGUUUCUCGGCCUCCUCUUGGUUGGGGAAGAAGGCGGGCGAGAAGAGGAUGCAGCUCUUGACGCUCCCGGGCUCGUAGGCCGCCAGCCGCAGACCUAUCAACGCCCCGAACGAGUGACCCGCUAUGUGGUACGUCUCCAGCUGAUAACGCUCCACUAUAUCGCGCUGCAGAUACCUGAACCACACACACACACACACACACACACAACACACACACGGCAAUGAAAUGGCUGCACGCACAGAGCCAUGUGCCCUCGUUAAAUCAAUCGUACUUGGCCUGCUCGUCGAUGGAGUAGUUUUCGUCGGUGGGCAGGUCGGCCGACCGUCCGAAGCCCAGUAGGUCGGGGCAGUAGAAGGUGAAUUGGUCGAAGCACUUGGGGUUCAUGUAGCUGAGGAUGCCCUCGCGCCACCAGUUGGAGGUCAUGCCGAUGCCGUGCAGCAGGAUGACCGCGUCGGGGCCGCUCCCGCGGACGUACACAUACAGCCCGCCCCCACUCUGCACACGGGCCAGCUGAUACCGACGCCGCUCCGCCCAACGCAGAUACUCCUCCGCCAACUGCACAACACACACCGGGUGACACACACGGCACACAGGACUGUUAGACAUGCACACGCGCCAAACGAGGGCUGUUCUCUGUCUGUCUGUCUGUCUGUCUGAUGCUAUGGUAUCUAUGCUAUGCUGACCAGGUCGACCUCAUACUCGAGGGUGUUCUCCGGCGGCCCUCCUGGACUGAAGAGGAACGACGAGUUCCGCUUGACCUUAGGCAUAGGCGACCCGGGCAUCGACCCACCGCCCACAGAGGGAGGCUGCGUGCCCUCUGAUGGGUCGGGCGUCAUGCACGGGUGAGCCGCCUCCCUCCCCCUCUCCCUCUCUCUCUCUAUUUCCCUCUCCCUCUCCCUCUCCCUCAUGUGCCGCCCAACACUGCCAAUCGCCAGGUGGAGGCUGGCCGCCUGCUGAUGCUGAUGCUGAUGGUGAUAGUGGUGGUGGUGGUGGUGCCGUGGGUCUUCCUUGGUCGGUUGAAAUGGGAAGGGGGAUGCCGUGCUGGGGCUGUGGCUGUGGCUGUGGUGCUGUGGGUGGGACGUGGGUGAGCUAUCAUCUGCGUGUUGGGAUGGCUGGGAGGGGUAGGGCGAGGCCUCCUCAUGGCCGCUGGAGUCGUCCGCCGGGCCGAGCGAUGGUGACGGUGUCCUCGUGGUGUCGUCAGAAGCGCACCUGCAGCCUCGCCCAGACCCCAUCAGCGGCUCGUCCAUCGACCUCGAACGGAAUGAGGGCGGCGUGCCGCGGUCGCCGGAGCAUGAAGAGGGGACGGUGAGAGGGGAGGGGGAGGCAGAGGGGUGGCCCGUGGUCCGGUGGUCAGCGACACGCGACUCGGACAGCCUCGCGGUGGCCUUGAGGACGACAUCGUCGUGUGCUGCUGAUGCCGAGUCGCUGUCGACGAAGCCACGUGACGCCCCUUGGCCGAGCUGUCCUUCGCCGCCAUCCAUAGACGGCCAAGAGCGUCGGGUCAGCUGAGAGUAGCCAGGCGAAGGGAAGAUGAGCUGAGGCGAAGACAGGGUUCAGCUGAGCUAUACGAAAAUCAGCGAACACCCCUGUGGCUAUGCCAGAGAGCCACACAGCGAAAAAGAAACCACGAGUGGC